UAUACAAAAAUGUAACUAGUAAAAGAGAUGGUGAUUAUGAAAAAUCAACGUUUAAAUGCGAGAAAUGUAUGGCUGGAUUUGAUGAUGACGAGUUGUUUUUACUUCAUAAUAGAAAAUGGCAUAGAGAGGAUAAAAACCCCUGCAUAUGUGCUCUAUGUAAUGCCUAUUUGAAAUCUAAGAAACAGUUAUCAAGGCAUAUACAACAACAUAACAAUAGCUAUAAAUGUAUUUUGUGCGAUCAUAUCUGCAUGGAGAAAGAUAGACAAUCACAUUUGGAACAACAACAUAUUAAGUUACUGCAGUGUUUAACGUGUGAUUUGUUGUUUAAAUGUCGGAAAGAUUUCUUCGCACAUUUUAAAGAAUGGCACGAGAAGUUCACUUGUGAUCAUUGCGGGAUCACUUUCAAGAUGAGAUAUUGCAUCAAGAACCAUAUUAGGAAACAACAUUCGCCCUUUGAAUGCAAGCAAUGUAAGAAACGUUUCGCCCGAUACAAUGGCCUCUGGCUUCAUAACAAGACCACCCACAGCACCAGUGUACAACCAGCUUACUGCGUGGAGUGCGACAAGGAAUAUCCAGACGUCUAUAGAUACAGGUGGCAUCUAGCCAAUAGCACGAGGCAUAAACCCAGGAAAAAAGUUCGGAUACCGUGUCAGGGAUGCGACAAAGUAUUCUCAAAGAACAUCUACAUGAAAGACCACUUCAACUUGGUGCAUCUCAAAAUUUAUAAAUACAGAUGCGAGGAGUGUGACAAGAAUUUCAUACGGAACGCGGAUUUGGUGAAGCACCAUCGCAGAAUCCACGAACGCAUACCAGUGCCUAAGAACAAGAUCUGUUACAUGUGCGGAAGAGGGUUUUCAACGAACAAGAUACUAACAAACCAUCUACGGACGCAUACUGGCGAGCGACCCCAUGCGUGCACACACUGCGGUGCACGCUUCGCCCAAAGCACUGCUCUACUCGGACAUAUCAGAGCUUUACAUAACAGAACGCAAGCUGAAACUUGAGCGUGUUUUUGUUAAACAGUGAACGGGUACUCUUCAGACUAUGUAGCUAUGGUUUGAAAUAAAAACUCUAU